GGCAAAACACCCCCUCCUCAUCUUGUAGAGAGAGGAAAAAAAAUGGCGGACAAGCGCUAAAUCUACAUCAGAAACAAACACACACGUUACAAAGCAAGACGGAAGCACACAGGGACCGGGCCACUUUAAUUUGGACGCCACCCCCCCCCCCCCCUUGGCGGAGGAAAAAGGCGCACUUCCAUUGAAGAGGAAAUCAUCCGGGAAGGAGAAACGCUGCUAAACGGUGAUGAAGUUUUAAGCGGAGGCCACUGUUGUGUUGUGAGCUUGGUCAGUAUUGUUGGAGCAUGAGGAAACCCGUGCCACAGAAAGCUAUAGAGUGGAAAGAUGCCAGAAGGAUCAAGCAUGCCCGGAGUGGACGGCCCUCCCGGGUGCCCUCGCAGUACCAAGGACAUUUCAGUUGGGAGAAAUACCUCAAAGAGACGGGUGCCAGCGGUGCACCCUCUGCUUGCUUCAGACAGAGCCUCACGCCUCCACUUAACGAGUUCAAGGCCGGUAUGAAGCUGGAGGCCCAGGACCCGCGGAACACCACGUCCACCUGCAUCGCCACGGUAGUGGGGCUGACGGGCUCGCGGCUGCGGCUGCGCCUGGACGGCUCCGACAACAAGAACGACUUCUGGCGCCUCGUGGACUCUUCGGAGAUCCAGCCCAUCGGCAACUGUGAGAAGAACGGAGGCAUGCUGCAGCCCCCCCUCGGUUUCCGUCUCAACGCGUCGUCUUGGCCCAUGUUCCUUUUGAAAACACUAAAUGGAGCCGAGAUGGCACCGUCUCGCAUCUUUCACAAGGAGCCUCCCGCCCCGGAGCAGAACUCCUUCCAGAUAGGCAUGAAGCUGGAGGCGGUGGACCGCAAAAAUCCUCACUUUAUCUGCCCGGCCACGGUGGGUGCACUGCGCGGCGUCGAGGUGCUGGUCACCUUUGACGGCUGGCGGGGAGCCUUUGAUUACUACUGCCGCUAUGACUCGCGUGACGUCUUCCCUGUUGGCUGGUGCGCCCUCACCGGAGACAACCUUCAGUCGCCUGGCACCAAAGUAGUGUUGCCUAAGAGCCUUGGGCCAUUGACGGACGGGAGUGUGGAGAGCCCAGCCAUGCACCCCACGCCCACGAUGGGCAGACCUCCAGGUCAGAGAGGACGCAAGCCAGGCCGCAGGAAAACCAAGGUGACGGGGCUCUGGAAUCAGAAAGGCUCAGUGUUGGGACCUCAGAGCAUCCAGCCAGUCAAAGUCCAUGAGCCCAUCAAGAUCCCCAAGAAACGAGGGCCCAAGCCCGGCAGUAAGCUGGGCUGGGCAAAGAGAGCCGGCUGGCUGGAAGAUGCCAUGGCCGGCCCCGGGCGACCAGUGACGGGCCCCGGGCGAACCAGGGGCAGACUGCCUGCCAACUGGGCACAGAGGAUAGCUCUGCAGCAGGCCCAGACUCAGGCAGAAGAACCCAUCAAAAUUCCAAAGAAACGAGGGCCCAAGCCUGGCAGCAAGAGAAAACCACGCGUGGUACCUAAUCCAGUCCCCACGUCUCCCACCACCAGCACUCCCGAGCCCGACACCAGCACCGUGCCUCUGGACAAUGCCACCAUCCCCAACUCUGCACUACAGGCCCCCACAGUUUGUGUGUACCUUAACAAGUACGGCAAGGCGGGACCUCAUUUGGACCAGAGGCGUAUCCAGCAGCUCCCGGACCACUUUGGGCCGGGCCGGGCCUCCUCGGUGCUCCAGCAGUGUGUUCAGGCCUGCGUGGACUCCGCCCACAACCAGAGCACCGUCUUCUCCUGCCUCAAGUCUGGACAAGGAGGCGAAGUCAUUUCAGCCUACUUCGACCAGCAGCAGCACACCCUGACGCUGCCCACAGUCAGCAGCGUCACCUACGUCCUCCGCUUCCUGGAGAAGCUCUGCCACAACCUUCACUGCGACGCUCUGUUUGGCAGCCAGCCCGUCGCCAGAGGAGGCCUGCACUACGACAGUCACACGUACACCACAGUGAAAUACAGUCUGCUGCACUCUGCACCUUUCUCUCCUCUACAUGUGUCACGCGUGGCUCCUCCCUCUCCAGAGAGGAGAAGUUUUGGAGACGGUCUAACGACGGGCCGAGGCUCCAAGCGCUUCCUCCAGGACUACAACAGUCCACUGCCUCAGAAACUUUGCAAAAUCCCCCGGCACUCCACCGACGGUGAGUCCUUCAUGGAGAACAGCGUUGCCGCAUCGGAGCACUUAAAGAAGAGCCCUCUCUCUCCAAACUCUACGUCACAAACUCCCGGCCUGAGGUCUCCCUCCAAGCUGCUGCAUCACGACAACUCUACAGGCUCGGGCAGUUUUCGGGGGAGUGGUCAGGACCCCAACGUGUGGACAGUGGAGGAUGUCAUGCAGUAUAUCAGACAUAUCGACCCAGUGCUGGCACCACAUGCUGAACUUUUCAGGAAACAUGAGAUUGACGGUAAAGCACUCCUAUUGCUGCGUAGCGACAUGAUGAUGAAAUACAUGGGCUUGAAGCUGGGUCCCGCCCUCAAACUCAUCUUCCACAUCGACAAACUCAAACGGGCUUGAGGAGGUCAGUCGACCGGCCGCGGACUUCCAAAGGACAAAACUCCGACCACAUCUCUCUGUUCGUUCUAGGAUCAGUAAAUCAUGCACUUCAUAUGGGACAUUUACUGACCUUUUUUACAUGUAGCAACUUCCAUCAGACCACGAUAUCUGGUAUUACAUACCCCUGUCCUGACCUCAUCCAAUGAGGAAUGUUCAUUUUGUGUAGCACAAUCCAGCCCGAAGGCAGCAUGGGAUACGUAGGAUCACCCACUUGAAGACUCAUGUGGCCAUUUUAACUGUAAAAGGCUUUUUUUGGGGCCUUUUUCUAUUAUGUUACAUUUAUUCUGUACAUUUCAUAUUUUGUACUUCACGGAUAUAUGGACUUGUAUUAUUGCCUUUUUCAACGGUUUUUUUUGUGGGUUAUGCUUAAAAGAACCAUAAAGGAAGAAAAGAAAACACUAUAUUCAUCCCAAUAGUUGGUCAACGUCUCAGUUUGAGGCACGAUUUUGCAACUACACCAAUAUUAUAAAAGGAAAAAAAACCAAUUUAUUCUGAAAAUACUGCCAUGAAGAAAUCUGUUUCUUAAUUCUUAUUCUGGAUGUUGUUUACAAUGCCUUGUCUUGUCUUUGUUAUUUGUACUUUUUUAAUUUUUAUACUAUAUUAUUAGAGUUCCUACAUGGAGAGCCCUAUCAUACUUAACAUUGUUCAAUAAAUAUAUAAUAAUUCAA